AUGCCGUCUGUCGCGAUGGCGCUGCAGGAGCUGUCGUCUUACUUUCCACUGACACUGCCGGUCCCAACGCCAAAGACACAUCCAGACUUGCUCACCAUCAACGAUGCUCAACGGGAAGAAGACCUGCUUCGCAACCCGGCGUCAUUCCGCGCGUGGUGGACAGCUAUACACAACACCAGAGAUGCGUUCAACGCGCAGCUAAAGGCCGAGCGACGUGCCGGUACUGUGAAUGAUGCUCGGACCCAACUCCUCGGGCCGCUCGCUACUCCUCUCGCGCGACGCUCGCUUCAGUGUCUAACCUACUUAUACGAGUCUGCUCUCGUUCAGCUACCCGGCUCAUUCAAACUCUGGAAGUCGUACCUGCAGAUGAGAAUGUCUUACGUGCUUGGCCCACCAAUCCACAAGAAAAGGGCAGGCGGAAGGAAGAAGUUUCCGGAAAUGAAGGACGCCUUAGAGGAAGAGCACGAUUAUAGCGAGGAGUGGGAUGGUGGAUUGGACGGGGUCGUCGGUUUGGAGGAAUGGAUAGCACUCGUGGCGACAUAUGAACGCGCCCUAAUGUGGCUGCCAAAGCUACCUCGCCUUUGGUUGAUGUAUUUUUCCAUCUUCUCUCAUCCUCUCUGUCCGCCCGUCAUAUCUCACACUCAUGCUCGCCGGACGUUUGAUCGUGCGUUGCGCACGCUGCCCCCUUCUUUGCACUCCCGCAUAUGGAUGCGAUACCUGCUGUGGGCAGAAGGUAGGGGGGGUGCGACAAUGGUUGCCGUAUACCGUCGGUAUCUCACUGCUGACCCAAGUCUCACUGAACACUAUGCAUCGUUAUUGCUCAACCCCGCAGACUCCACUCCUCGCCCACUGGAGGCUGCCAAGCUAUUACUGUCUUUGGCAAGGAGAGCUGCGCGCGGAGAGUAUAUCAGUCCAGAAGGGAAAAGUCCCUACCAGUUACUCGGAGAUUUCUUGGAUGUUGUCGAACGCUUUGCAGAAGAAGUCGGGCUCGACGUCGAUGAUACCAUUGAAUCCAAUGCCGCGGAUGCCAGAGCAGAUGCGGAGGCGAAGGAGAAGGAGGAUUCCGCUUCUGCGGAUGGGAAACUCGUGCGAGUAGCCGGUCCCCCCGUGCCUGCUGCCGCGGAUGGGAAGCCCCUUUCUGUGUACGAUGAAGAUGAGGAUCCACUCAGCAAACGUAAACUCAAUAUCGAACGUAUCGUGCGGAAAGAUGGCCUCGAGGUAUACAAGGAUCAAGCUGGCCGUCUCUGGACAGGCCUCGCAACGUAUUGGAUCAAACGAGGUGAAUUCGACCGAGCGAAAACUACGUUCGAGGCCGGCAUUGCCUCAGUCCUCACCAUCAGAGACUUCACACAAAUAUUCGAUGGUUACGCUGAAUUUAGCGAGUCUAUCAUUAGUGCAAUGAUGGAGAGUUUAGAAAAUCCGGACGAAGAUGAAGACGAGGAGGAUAUCAAAGACACAGAGCGUGAAGUGGAUAUCAGAAUGAAAGAGUUUGAGGACUUAAUGAAUCGACGACCUUUCCUUGUCAAUGACGUCCUCCUACGACGGAACCCGAACGACGUUCAAGAGUGGGAGAAGCGAGUGGCACUAUGGGGCAAUGAUGACGAGAAGGUGGCCGAGACGUAUACCGAAGCUCUACAAACUAUCAGCCCUCGCAAAGCUACUGCUAAUUUCUAUCGGCUAUAUAUCAAUUUUGCGAGGUACUACGAAGAAGGAGGCGCAUCUGGCACUGCAGAGCCCGAUCUCGACAAUGCACGCAAGAUCCUGGAAAAGGCUACCAAAGUCAAUUUCAAGACCGUUGAAGACCUUGCAGAAAUCUGGUGUGAAUGGGCUGAGAUGGAAUUGCGUCAUGAGAAUUAUGAUGACGCGGUCCGAGUCAUGCAGCGUGCAGCGGCUGUUCCGAAAAAUGCGAAGGUCAACUACCACGAUCACACAUUGCCCGUACAAGCGCGGCUAUUUAAAUCCCUGAAAUUGUGGUCAUUCUAUGUCGACCUAGAGGAAUCCAUUGGAACGGUUGAAUCGGCGAAAGCGGUCUACGAUAAAAUCAUGGAGUUGAAGAUUGCGAAUGCACAGAUCAUUAUCAAUUACGCUGCUUUUCUGGAAGAAAACGGAUAUUGGGAGGACAGCUUCAAGGUGUACGAACGUGGAACGGAGCUAUUCACCUACCCGAUAUCGUUCGAAAUUUGGAACAUUUAUUUGUCGAAGUUCAUCAAACGAUAUGGACAAAACUGGAGCGCUGCACGCGACCUUUUCGAACAAGCACUGGAGAAGUGCCCUGCGAAAUCAUGCAAGCCGUUAUUCCUUAUGUACUGUCAACUCGAGGAGGAUUACGGCCUUGCAAAGCGCGCCAUGGCGAUAUACGAACGUGCUACGCAGGUAGUUGCCGACGAAGACAAGUUUGAGAUGUAUACCAUAUACAUCGCAAAAGCCACCGCCAACUACGGAUUGCCUGCGACUCGACCAAUUUACGAACGCGCUAUCGAAGUUCUGCCCCCUAAGCAGACCUCUGAAAUGUGUUUGCGGUUCGCGGCUCUUGAACGCAAACUCGGGGAAAUUGACCGCGCCCGUGCCAUCUACGCGCACGCCUCACAAUUCUGUGACCCGCGUGUCAAUACGAAAUUCUGGACAGAGUGGAACAGCUUCGAGAUCGAAACUGGGUCAGAGGAUACCUUCAGGGAGAUGCUUCGAAUAAAACGAAGUGUGCAAGCUCAAUUCAACACCGAGGCAUCCUAUCUCGCCGCGCAGACUCUGUCCACUAAACAAAAUAAUGGAGGUGCCCAAGACGCAAGCCCUCAGCCUAGUGAUCCAAUGGCCGCUGCUGAACAGCAAGCUGGCGCAGUCAAAGGUCCUUCAUUCGUAGCCGCCAAAAAUACCACGCUACCAAGAUUGGAUGGGUCUCCGUCGGAAACGCCGCAGACAGCCAAACUGCCGGAGGUUAACGCGGAUGAAAUACAGAUAUCGGACGAGGAAGUUUAG